AUGUCUGACAACGAGAGCAACAGCGAUGUCGAGGAGGUGAAAGAGGUUUCACCGCCUGCUACCAACCGUCAGAUGAGCGCAGAUGAAAUGCAGCGACUUGCUGAGGAACGUACCAAGAUAAGAGCACAACUGCGCGCCUUCUCACAGGCCAAUCAGUCCCAUCCCCAGGAGGCGCGGCCACAAGCUGUUGACGAGGAUGGCGUGCCACUGGACAUGAAAAAAGGCAUGGAAUAUUUGCAGGAGCCCCUAGAGGAGUACAAGGAGGUGGAAUUGGCAGAGAAACUGCUCAAGAGGAAACGCCAGGAAGACGAAGGAAUUCGGGGCGAAAGCGACGGCGAGGACUUUGAGGACCUACUAGACAUGUUUGGAAUCGAUGCUGAGGAAAUAUCUAUUAACAUGGUCCUAAACCAACGACAACAGCUACUGCUGGAGAAUAUGGAUGCCGAGCAGAUAAAUCGAUAUGAAUAUUUUAGAAGAACCAACCUGAACACAGGAGGCAUCAAAAAACUAGUCAACAUGGCCAUUGGCUACAAUGUGGGAACGGAUUUCGCGAAGAUACUGGCUGGUGUCGGGAAAGUGUUUGUCGGAGAGGUUGUCGAGAAGGCAAAGGAAGUGCAGAAACGACAGAACCGCGCUCGUGUCGAGGAACAACUGGAGUACAAGCGCAAAUUGAAGCGAUACGAGAUCGAGGUCGCAGAGCUUGAGAACGAGAUCAAGAGACGUAAACUGAACAAGGAAAGCGCUGACGACCUGCCUGAUGUGGCCGAUAUUCCCCGUCCCGACGGCCCGGCUGCCACGUUCAACAGCUACAGAGUUAAUAUUCCCGACGAUAGAGACCAGCUUACACCAGACCACAUUCGCGAGGCAUGGCGUCUCCUGAUAGAAGAAAAUCACACGGUUUUGCAGCCGCGAUGGAGAAAGCAGGGCGGUGGAGACGGAUGGUUAUUCCGCUAG